AGGAAAACCGCCCUCAUCCCUGGGUCUGCUAGUCGUUUAUACCUGCGCCAGGGCCAAAGUAUCUAGCCUACCCCGAUUCAAAUUCUACCUUGUGUAACUCAACUAUGGCGCAGUUAAACGAGAUUCGCGGCCGACUCGCCCUCAUCACUGGCGCUUCUGGAGGGAUAGGAGCGGCCUGCGCUCGCCAACUCGCUGAGAAAGGCGUUCACCUAGCAUUAACAUAUGCCAGCAAUCUCUCCGCAAUAACCUCCUUGACAGAGCAAAUUAAAACAACGUUUCCAGAUCUGCGAAUUUCCAUCCACCAAGUCGACGUGGCAUCCGCAGAACAAAUCCAAGACAUGUUUCUUCAAAUAGAUAAAGAGCAUGGCCAGCGCCCCGAUAUCCUUGUCUCAAAUGCUGGAUACGGAAAACGCGUCCCCCAAGUUUGGGACAUCACAUUGGAGGAAUUUGACUACACUAUAAACGUCAACCUUCGCGCCUCCUUCAUCCUGGUCAAAGGCGUUGUAGAACAUAUGCGCAAUCAACGCUGGGGCCGAAUCAUCUUCAUGUCUUCGAUCGCUGCAUCUGGUGGUGGGAUAAAUGGUUGCCACUACGCGGCCUCCAAAGGCGGCAUGACAGGCAUGAUGAAGAAUCUCUCCACACGUCUUGCAGAGUUCAAUAUCAGCGUCAACGACGUCGCGCCCGCCAUGAUCGGGGACACCGGUAUGAUUCCUAAUGCUCAGGCGAUCCCAGAAGUUGCGGCAGGUAUUCCCAUAGGAAGGCUGGGUGUCCCGGAGGAGGUGGCUAAUGUGGUAACUAUGCUUGCUACAACGGGGUAUAUGACGGGACAAAGUUUGUUGUUGGCUGGAGGGUUGAAAUAGCUGUAGCUAAGUCUCUUACUUCGGCGCUUGGGACCACCCAGGUGUAUUGGUACCCCCCUGAGACAAUAAGUACUCAGCUGUCCUCCUAGUAUGAUGUGGCGAUAAUGAAUAGACAGUAUUGUUGAA